AUGCCCAGCAUCUUUGGUAACGUUCGGUGCGAUGGCUGCCAGGCAAUGAUCGAAGAUACAGAAACAUCAGCGGUCCUGUUUUACUGCUAUAAUUAUCCUACCGGAGACUGGGGCCAUCAGAUUCUUGGUCGGUCGAGUAGACUAACGAUCAUACAAAAUACAAGAUACACGUUCCUACAUCGUCGCUGCUUCGAUAUCUUCCAGAUCAUGCCCACUGGGCAACAACGAUCGCAAGCCGAAAUCAACUGCUUCAGGGGAGCUAUUGGAUGGCGCAAACUCGACUUCAUGCGUAUUUUCCCGGAAGGACUGGACAUUCCGGGACUUCCCCGUGUCAGCCUGAUAGCCGUUGCAAGGGCAGCGACAUUUGCUCUUCAAAAUCCACUCGUCCGCGAACUUUCUUACAUCGAGGAACUUCUUAACAUUGUUCGAUCUUAUUGUCCAGAUGCCUACUUCUGGAAUAUGGUGCAGCUAAUGGGCUUGAAAGGUUUUGCUUCUACGGGUAACCCCGUGAUGGAGGAUCUCUCCCGCGUUGAGAGUUGGAAGCGCCUCCAGCCUGCACCAGUUUGCGGGCGACCUCUAGAAGACCCCGAUGGCCUGCUCAUCAGUCUUGAUUCGGACGGUAUAUGUGAGAUUCAGAGACUUGGGAGUCAUCCUCACCCACCAAACCACGAUCCCCAGGUGAAGCUCAGGAAGUACGUUCUCGCCAACGAGAAAGACCUUGAGUCCGUCAAAGCCUACUUCUAG